AUGCAGAACGCCGAGGAGUGGUUCCGCAGCCGCUUCACCGUCCUCAGCGAGAGCGCCGCCAAGAACACCGAUGCCGUCCGCGCCGCCAAGGACGAGGUCUCCGAGAGCCGCCGCCUGCUGAAGGCCAAGACGCUGGAGAUCGAGGCCACCCGCGGCAUGAACGAGGCGCUGGAAAAGCAGCUGCAGGAGCUGGAAGAGAAGCAGAGCGCUGACAUCUCCGCCCUGCAGGAUACAAUCAACAAAUUGGAGAACGAGCUGAGAACCACGAAGAGCGAAAUGGCUCGGUACUUGAAGGAAUAUCAAGAUCUGCUCAACGUGAAAAUGGCCCUGGACAUCGAAAUUGCAGCGUAUAGGAAACUGCUGGAAGGUGAGGAGACCCGACUCAGUUUCACCAGUGUUGGGAGCAUCACCAGUGGCUACACCCAGACUGCCCCGACUUUUGGCAGGUCUGCUUUCAGCGGUCUGCAGUCCAGCUCCUACCUGAUGACAACCCGUACCUUCCCCACGUACUACUCCAGUCACGUCCAGGAGGAGCAGAUUGAAAUAGAGGAAACCAUUGAGGCUGCUAAAGCGGGAGAAGCCAAGGCAGCCCCUGCAGAAGAAGGUGAGGAGGAAGAGAAGGAGGAAGGCGAGGAAGAAGCGGGAGGUGAAGAGGCUGAAGAAGAGGAGGAAGAAGGUGCUAAGGAAGAAUCGGAAGAAGCCAAAGAGGGUGAGGAAGAGGAAGGAGAAGGGGAAGAAGAAACAGCAGCUGAAGAAGGAGAGGAGUCUCAGGAAACUGCUGAGGAAACUGGUGAGGAGGAAAAGGAAGAGAAAGAACCUGCAGGGAAGGAAGAGAGUGAAGUGAAGAAGAAGGCUUGAUUUUUAGGCAGUCCAGCUUUCUCAUCAGGUCAACAGAAUAAAUGAUUGACUGAGCUAAAAUUGCAGUUCACAUAUUUAAUUCAGUGACCACUGAGGUUUAAAGUUAAUGAUUUAUGAUGUUUCUCUCUGUGCAGAGUAUCAGUAUGCUUGCAGAGCACCCACUGGCUUGCUCCCUGAAUGCCGCAUGGUCUACACGUAUGAAUUCAGGGGUUAUGUCUUUCUUGGGUGGUUUGGAACCUUAAAAAUUAAAAAGGGGGGAAAAAAAUAAGUCAUGGGAAUGAAAGUUACCUUUAACCUGCAUUUAAAAUAAUUAUGGAAACCUUGGGUGGGUAAAAUAAUGGAGGCUUCAAUAAGUAUGUGCAAUAAAGCUAGUCAAUAAAGUUACAGAAAUGCUUA